CAGUUGACUUGUGAACCGUACGAGUUUUUGACUAUAUUAUGGUCAAGCUACUGCUCUUUCGUGCUUUCUCGCUUCUUUGCUUAUUCGCUUURUUGAUCUGGGAAUCCUUAAACAUAGGCUAUGAACAAGAUACAUUUGAACUAGGUACGUUGUAUUUGAAUUCACCAGGCGUUACAAAUGUGGGCGACGAGUUUUCUACGGAUGGGGAGCUUUCRCUUCAAGAGCAACGCAAACAGAGAGUCAUUGACUACUGCCAUGAACGCGAUCCCAAAAGCCUCUUCCCUCGUGGAUCAACACGAUUUGAGGUUCCCUCAUAUCUAUUUAGAAAUAUUAUCGUCAGUGACAAGCACAACCUCUUAUACUGCUACAUACCGAAGGUUGCCUGUUCAAACUGGAAGCGCGUUCURAUGGUUCUCAAUGGAGACGCCGCUGACCCAUACCAACCGAAGAUCGCGGAUUUACAUAACCGAAGUCACGGCCUUUUCCGRUAUCUUCACGAGUAUCCAUCCGACGAAAUAGUCUAUCGUCUAAAUACUUAUUACAAAUUCUUGUUYGUUCGACAUCCUUUUGAGCGCCUUGUUUCAGCUUAUAGAAACAAGUUUAUCGAUUCUUACAAUUUGACRCUCUUUAAGAAAAUGUACGGGCGGCGAAUCAUUCGGCAUUUCCGACGGAAUCCCGACCCGACGUCGCUACGGACAGGMGAAGGUGUCAGUUUUUCCGAGUUUGUAAAGUAUCUGUUAAAAUCCGAUCCGGAAUACAUGGAUCAACAUUGGAAACAAUAUGAYAUGCUAUGCCAUCCUUGUCUGAUCUCCUAUGACUAUAUUGGCCAUUUUGAAAACCUCUUACCGGAAGCCAACACCUUAUUAAAGACUCUACAGGUUGAUGACGUCACAGCGUUUCCUGGCAACAUGAGUUCAAAAUAUAAAAAGUCAUCACUAAAUCUCGCAAAGCAAUAUUUCAAGAAAAUCACCCGAGAGCAAAGUGAAGAAUUAUAUAAUCUUUACCGACAUGACUUUAACAUGUUUGGUUACUCUAGUGAAGAAUUCAUGUCGAAGAGGUAAAAAAUAGCAGAAUGCACUUGAAAUGUAGGUGGUCGCAAAGUCACGUGGAAGUGAAACCAUGGUGCAUUCUCAUUGGUUAGUUGUAUCACGUGAUGAUACCAUAUCUCAACACAAACCUGGAUGUCUUGGCAACGGUCGAUGGAGGAUCAAGCCUGUAGAUGGUGAUGUAUUAUCUUUGUUUGUUAUGCACGUGACUGAUCAUAUGACUGCAUGCUGGUGACGUGACAUGGAACUGAAACGCUGAUGACGCUCUUCGUAAAUAGUGACGUCUUUAUGACGUCAUSGACGUACACGAACAUGAGCUACUGACGGCAAUAUCCAACGUUACUUAGCUGGACCGACAGACGCAUGAGACAUUGAAGAUACCGACAUCAUUGCCUAGCUACGUCAUAUAGAUGACUUUUGACGUCAUUUGCCACGUCAUAUUGCUUGACUGAYGUUAACWCGUAUGAAUUAGGAAAMAUUUAGACACUUUUUAUUUGUAUURRUAAUAUUUAAUAAAUAAASAACUAUAUUUCAAUAAGGAYACAAGCACUUGCAGAAAAAWUAURUCUAWACUUUUAGUACGAACCUGAACAAAUUAUUAAUUUUUUUGGAUACUUAGUUUAAGAAAAUUUCGAAUAUUUUAUCCCAUCAUCACUAAAGUAACGCAACGAUUCAAGAAACAGAGCUAAGUGGCAAUCAAACACGUAGUACCAUAUAGAAGGUGCGUGAUCAUUGGUGACAAUAAAGUGCAUUGCGUUACUAGGUACUGUCACGCUCUCUCYUGGAUGUAAUUUGGUUCUUUUGCUGCGUACGAUAAAAUCG